AUGGAGUUGUGGGAAGGUAUUGCUUCAGAGUUAAACAAUAUCGGCCCUCCAAUACGUAGUAGCAGCGAAUGGAAUAAGGUUUGGUUGGACUACAAGUUAAAAUUAAAAAGGAAAAUUGCAUAUAAUCGAAAAGAGAUUGCAGCCACAGGUGGAGGACCAUACAACCAACGCAGUUUAACGACUUUGGAGCAGGCCGUGGACGAGUUGCUCAGCUUGCAGCAGGCAGUGAAUCCAAGCGGAGCCGCAUUUGGAAGCACUGCACCUGCACCUGCAUCUGCAUAUUUAGAAGAAGAACACACACAUUUGGAAGAUGUCGAGGUUCAGCCUGAACAGGCUGGAAAUGUUAGCAUUACGUCUAGGCAGGCACCCGCAAGCAGAGUGGAGGAGCGCAAAAAUUUGCGUAUGAAGGCUUUGGAGAAACAAGCAGAAACGCAAGAAAGCCUUGUCGGUAUUAUGCAAAAUAUUAAUUCGAACUUAAUAAAUCUCAAAGAGGUAGCGUGA